AGUUAUAUGUACUUGAUUUUUAUUUUUUUGAUGUCGAAUCUUACUGGAGUAGCUAGUAGAGAUUAUACCUAGCUAGUGGAUCUUCAAGCAAAGAAAUUAAGGGCUGCCGGCUCGAAGACACAGGAGUUGCUCGAAAAGAACCGAAGGAGCGAUGCCCGACGUCACAGCACUAAGGCAACAUUUCAAUAUUCUUGUACUUGCCCAUUGAUUGAACGUAACUUGCGAUGCUACCCCUAGCUACCAAUACCAUCGAUCUUCCAAGUAAUUGGAACCCCGAUUCUGUCUUAGUCUUACAUUCUAUAACUAUAAAUAAUGUGGUAUUUAGGCGUAGGCACGUCACGCGAAUAAUAUUGAAAACGUCUUCAUCAAGUACCUACUUCUUUUUCUAAGCGGCCUAAGAGGGGAGCAGCCAGACCUUGAGUUUGUGACCACUUUGGCGCGGCGUGCUGGUGCUGUCGUUCGGAAAAACUUUGGUUUAGGCCACGUAGGAAGGGAUAUCCAGAAUAAGUCGCCGGCUGAUUUGGUAACGGAGGUCGAUGUCUUCGUUGAGAAGCUGAUAACGGACAGGAUUUUGGCCCGCUUUCCUGCGCACAAGAUCUUGGGCGAGGAGACGGCAGACUCUACGAGUAUAUUGACGGCCGAUCCAACGUGGAUUAUCGAUCCCAUUGAUGGCACGACGAAUUUCGUUCAUGGUGUACCUUACGUUGCGGUGUCCAUUGUUAUGGAGCGCCUACUUGAAUCGAUUCGCGGUAUAUCUUAUCAGAUAUAUUGCUUAAUUGCAAAGAUGACAAAAAAAAUGAGCUUGGAGUAAGAAAAUAUGGUCGAGUAUCGUUUAAUUCGUAGGAGUGUGACAUCUAGUUUCAGCGCAAGCUUGCGGCUUACUACCUAUCUAUGUAUUUUGAAACAUCUAUGUGUCUUGAUGCUUUAUAUAUUUCAAUAGUCGAGGAUGAUCACAGCAGAUGCGCAACUAGCAGUUUCAACCUCAAAUAGCUCCUCUACAAGACGCAACUCAACCUGUACACCCACUUCAAGCACAGGGCUAAUAAUGGAGCAUGCAUUUGUUAUUUCAAUAGUUUAGUUACAGCCCAUAAAUGCAUAGAUGUGAUACUAGCCUUUUCCGCCUCGUCACUUGCAGUUUUUCUACUUUCUUCAUGAUUGGUUUUUACGUGAAUUUUGAAGCGGUUUUGGGUGUCGUGUACAAUCCAAUUUUAGAUGAGAUGUUUGCGGCGGAGGCGGGCCACGGCGCGUGGCUGGAGACAUGGAUUGUAACCGCAGAAGAGUCUUCUUCUGUUAAGAGCAAGUUUUAUGUAAAAGUACUUUGUAGUCCGGUUUCUUUCUAUCAUCCGACGUCUCGUUUUUUUUUUACUUAUUUGUUGUCUGUGAAAUGCAGUGUUUUCGAAGCCCAGCAUUCCUGGAGCCGUGGCCCCUGCAAGAUCGCAAGCCAGAGAACUUCGACUACGCGACGAAUGGGAAAUGAACACUAUUUCCUGGAACGAGUGAACCGGAGGAUUGAAAAGGAGCAGCUACUAACUAAGUAGGAGCAAAGAUCGCACAACUUAGAAUAGCACACACAGAAAUUGGUCUGUGAUCAAAAGCAACAUCAAAAACAACGAACCUUUAAUUCUUGUGGAGAUCGAGCAAAUCUUUCGCUAGAUUCAGUUAAGGCCAUGACGUUCGAAGCCACCGAUCUGCUUGUGAAAGUAAAACAGCAAAACGAAAUAUACAGAUGAAUGAUCAUGGGCAUGACUUUUCAAGGAAGUCUAGGAAUUCUAGAACACCACAGGUCACAGGGUUUAUUCACUUUCUCAUAACUCAUCUUCUGCUUCUAACCUCCCAGCAGAAAAUAUUGAUGUGGAAACAUCAUCUACUUCAAUACCAAACGCCUCGGUCGUUUCGGGGACGACGAAGCGGCUUGAGCGGCGGCCCUUGGUUCGUGGCAAGUGGGCGGGCGACACGAAUAAGGUACUGGGCGAGUCACUAGUCGGGUGCGGAUUCCUGGUCCAGGAAUGCGGCAAGCUGAGAAGUACUGCUGAGAAGUAAGGCUUUUGGGGAUUCGAAGAAUAUUUGUAGUGAAGGUAAGUAAUAUAGGUAUUAUCUUCAGUCUGAAAAAUAUGUCGUAGUUAAGUAGAGUUGACAUUGAUGCAUUCGUCUGGAUUUUUUUGUUAGCGGCGGUGCUUACCUGAUUCGUAUUGAUCGGGGAACUGGUUCGUCUUGCCCCCGAUCAUAGUGGAGAGUGAUUAUCUGACUUCGAGACGCAGUGCUGAUGAUGAGUGAUCAUGACCAUGAUUAGAAGUAUUUCAAGCGCUAAGAUGACUUAGCAGAAUCCGACCGCACACGCAUCGAAACCCUUUACAAGAACAUUGUCGCGAACACGAGCGCCUUGAUUCCCAUUUGUCGCGAUUUGCGGCGUUCUGGCUCAGCCGCGUGCGACCUCGCAUCCCUAGCUUGUGGGCGUUUGGAUGUCUAUUUUGACUAAGAAUCGGUUUCUAAGUAUAAUUCGUUUGGGCUUGUAGCUAACCUACGUCAAUAUGAAUUUGUUUUGAUUAUCUAGAUGCAGGCUGAGUAGAGUCUAUAACUGAUCGUCUGAGCAUGAGAACAAGUGGACGCUGCCUCAUUUCAUCCAGAAAAAAACUUUAAUUUGAGUUCGGCGUUCGAGAGUGGGACAUCGCGGCGGGUUUACUGAUUUGCAAGGAGGCAGGCUGCGUUGUGGCAGAUUUCGACGGCAAGACUCCUCUACCCCGGGAGUUGAAUGCGCGCCGCGCUCUCGUGGCGGUGAAUAGCAACAUUUUGCAGCAGGUGUUAAGGCUAUAAUUAAUAAGUCGUACAACCAUAAUAUCUAUCAUGUCGGAGGUCAUGCCUCGUGACACAGCAGGAUCGAUCCUUGGCGAUUUUCCUACGGGAAAACGGGGCAAGGGAUGCUCUCAACGAUGCCAACGCGGUGGCUCUAAGGAUGGCUGAAGUUUUGGUCUACGAAGAUCUUUCGUCAUAAAAGGCAAGACGACCUACCUUGGCCCACGUUCGGUAGGAUUGUCAAGCCCCGUGCCUACGGUUGCCACUAGUCGCAGUUUCAUCACCGACAUACACGUGACGUACCACGGAGCCGGUCCAGCGGGCUCGAUAAGUGGUUACUCUUAGACUCGCGUCGUGCAUUGGUUUUGGAGAUACGACGUCGCACUUUUUGAGUUGUAGCGAUUUUAUCGGCGGUUGUACUACAAGUGCCUAGAAUGCGAUGGCGGCUAAGGCGGCUACUGCGGAGUCAUUGAGUCUCCAAUACGGGGGGAUGCUCCUUGAUGAUCCACGUAAUUUGACAUGAUGUUGAGUUCCCACCACCUAUUCCGAUUAGUCCUGUGAACGUGCAGUUCCACAGAGUGUUAAGAAGCUAUAGCUGCGCAGAAGAAGCGUUAGCGCACAAGUAGCCCUGUACUUUUUAGUAAAUUAUCAUGAGCAUGAUUGCGAAGUCGCGCAACACUGAUAGAGAAUUUCGGCUCGUCUUGUAU